AUGGAGGCCGGGAGGGUGCUGGUGGCUCACACCUGCACUGGGUUUGGCAAGACCCAGGCGUUUCCCAACGCCACGUCCCUGGGUGAAGCAGUGCCUGUGCCCCCACGAAUCCGUAUCUGGCUCCUUCAGCCGGAGGCAGCACCGGCCUCGUCCCCUACUCCGUGUCACCGUGUGGGGGAUGGCAGCAGCGGCCCCCAGCACUGGCUGCGUGUCGUGGGGGGAGAAGAUGCCCGCUGUCUCAGGGCGAGCGAUGGAGAGGUCUGCGUGCCGGUGCGGCGAGCGCCGGGGGCCGUGGGAGCGGGUCCCCGAGGGCUGGGACAAAAGCUGAAAAGCCCGGUUCAAAAUGAGCUGAAAUAUCCCGAGGAGCGAGGCCGGGAGCCGGGGGCUCCCUCCCGCGACGUCCUCCUCGUCUCAGCCAUCAUCACCGUCAGCCUUAGCGUCACCAUCGUCCUCUGUGGGAUUUGCCAGUGGUGCCAGCGCAAACUGGGUAAGCGUUACAAGACUUCCCUGGAGACCGUGGGAACUCCGGACUCCAGCCGAGGCCGCAGUGAAAAGAAAACCAUCAACGAUCUAGACAGAGACUUUUGGAAUAACAAUGACAACACAGUGCAGCAGAAAUGGAGCUCCUACCCUCCCAAGGAGUUUAUACUAAACAUUUCACCUUACGCCCCGUACGGUGAUCCGCGGCUUUCCCUCAAUGGCUCUCUGUUAUCAGGGGCCAAGCUGACGGCAUCGGCCGCCGCGGGGUUGGCGGGGGAGCGCGAUGGCCGCCCCGGGGAGAAGCAGCGGCUCGGCGAGGACGGCAUGAGGAGCAGCGUCUCUGCCCACAGCGAGCCCGGCACGGGGAAGGCGGCGCGAGGCCGCUGGCACACGGUGCAGAGCCACUUGGCCGCAGGGAAGCUCAGCCUGUCCAAUUUCGAGGACUCCACCUUGUCCACAGCCACUACCCUUGAGUAUAUCCCCACCUCAGCAGGCGACCCCAAAUGCCAGAGGCCCCGCACGCUCAUGCGCCAGCAAAGUCUGCAGCAGCCCCUCAGCCAGCACCAACGCGCCAACCACAGCCAGCCCACCACCAGCCAGAGCCUGGGCCACCUCCAGGCCCACAGCGGCUCCUCCGCCGGCGCCGGCAACCCCCGGGGCUCCCGCGGCGGCCAGGCGCGCCAGGGCAUCGCUGCCGGCUCCAAGCAUCGGACGGCUGGCGGCCGGAGCCGCUCCAAUCCCGGCAGCUGGGACCACAUGGUGGGGCAAAUCCGCAACCGCGGCUUGGACAUGAAGUCCUUCCUGGAAGGCCGGAUGGUGGUGUUAUCCCUGGUUUUGGGACUCUCAGAGCAAGAUGACUUUGCCAAUAUCCCCGACCUGCAACCCGCUGGGACGCAGCCGAACCAGCCGAACGCUCAGGGGGACAAGAGGUUGCCGGCCGGUGGCAAGGCGGUGAACACGGCGCCAGUGCCCGGGCAGCCACCGCACGAUGAGUCCGACCGCAAGACGGAGCCGCGCUCCUCCGUCUCCGACCUGGUCAACUCCCUGACCAGUGAGAUGCUCAUGCUCUCCCCAGGCUCCGAGGACGACGAGGGCCACGAUGGCAUCAGCCGGGAGAACCUGGGUCGCAUCCAGUUCAGCGUCGGCUACAACUUCCAGGAGUCCACUCUGACCGUCAAGAUCAUGAAGGCGCAGGAGCUGCCGGCCAAGGACUUCAGUGGCACCAGCGACCCCUUUGUCAAGAUCUACCUGCUCCCCGACAAGAAGCACAAGUUGGAGACCAAGGUGAAGCGGAAGAACCUCAACCCGCACUGGAAUGAGACCUUCCUCUUCGAAGGGUUCCCCUACGAGAAAGUGGUGCAGCGGGUGCUGUACCUCCAGGUCCUGGACUAUGACCGCUUCAGCCGCAACGACCCCAUCGGGGAGGUGUCCAUCCCUCUCAACAAGGUGGACCUCACCCAGAUGCAGACCUUCUGGAAGGACCUGAAGCCGUGCAGUGAUGGCAGCGGAAGCCGUGGGGAGCUGCUGCUGUCGCUGUGCUACAACCCCUCCGCCAACUCCAUCGUGGUGAACAUCAUCAAAGCGCGUAACCUCAAAGCCAUGGACAUCGGGGGCACGUCAGACCCCUAUGUGAAGGUGUGGCUGAUGUACAAGGACAAGCGGGUGGAGAAGAAGAAGACAGUGGUCAUGAAGCGGUGCCUGAACCCCGUCUUCAACGAGUCCUUCGCCUUCGACAUCCCUACGGAGCGGUUGCGCGAGACGACCAUCGUCAUCACCGUCAUGGACAAGGACAGGCUGAGCCGCAACGACGUCAUCGGCAAGAUCUACCUGUCCUGGAAGAGCGGCCCCGGGGAGGUGAAGCACUGGAAGGACAUGAUCGCCCGUCCCCGGCAGGCGGUGGCACAGUGGCACCAGCUGAAAGCCUGA